AUGUAUGAUCGUACACAAGGAAAUGCUAAAAAUGAUAGUAUGACAGAGGAUAGGACCGACGUCCUUCUGAUAGGGGUAUUAGGUGUUCUAGCCUUUCUCUGUACACUCAUCAUUAUAUUAUUAUGUAUAGUAUUAUACAAACGACUGGGAAAUCGUCGGUGUGAAGGUUGUCGACACAGGAACCAUCAUACGAGCUGUAACUUGUGUAGCGGUCACGCUGCUGUAUCACCAAAUCAACAGUCGCCUUACUGGUUAUGGGAAGAGGAACCUUCUACUACUAGAAGACGUCCUGGCGCGAACACUCGCUUUAACCCCGUGUAUGUCCCUGAUGAACCCGAAAGGUCAACAGAGGUCACAGGAAUCCAACGAAAUUCAAACCCUCGAGAUGAGGUGAUGCAACCUCCAUAUUCUCAAGAUGAGGGGAGACAACCUCGAUUCCCUCGAGAUGAGGGGAGACAACCUCGGUACCCUGAAGAUGAGGGGAGACAACCUCGAUUCCCUAAUGAUGAGGGGAGACAACCUCGGUACCCUGAAGAUGAGGGGAGACAACCUCGGUGGCCUGAAGAUGAGGUGAGACAACCUCGAUACCCUCAAGAUGGGGGGAGACAACCUCGGUGCCCUCAAGAUGAGGGGAGACAACAUCGGUACCCUCAAGAUGAGGAGAGACAACCAGACAUGGAUUUGAGUUCCGUUCAUAGUCAUAACUCGGCCUUCAGUACUGCUUGGAUGAAUAUUAAGAAGGUCGUAGACAGGAGUGUAACUGCUGUAGUCGGAGAUAAACUGGUUGUGUAUAUUACUCGGCGUAUAGGGUACAAUGGAGGAUUCCUCGUUUUGGAUAAUAUGGGGAUUUCAGUUGAAGUUCCUCCCGGAGCUGUGAAUGAAGGCGAAACAAAAAUCAUCACACUGUUAUUAAACUGGGAUUUAACUGACAAUCCGUUUAUGCAGCCAAACCAGGCACUGGUGAGCCCUGUUGUGUUUGUAGGACCGCAUGGAAUUAAGCUCAACAAACCCUGUAUAUUAAGUUAUAUGCACUGUUCGUUUGAUACACGACAUAUUCAGGUGAUGAAAAGUGAAACGGACCUUUUCUCACAGAAAAAAUGGGAAGUAAUGUGUACGCCAAACAGCAAAAGUGAAGCAUGCGUACUGACCUCGAGUACGUGUCAGCUAAAUAUUGAUACUUUUACAUUAUAUACCUGUCUUCAAUGUCCUCCAGAAGGUGAACUGGGUAGAAAGUGGCUGCAGGUUGCUGUAUUCUCUGAAGGCAUUAAGCAAGGAAUCGAAAACCAACAGAUCAGGGUGUAUUUUCUCAACAAGACCAACUGUGCACUACAGUGGGCGAUUAACAACGAGGCUAAAUAUGGCAGCAAGCUUAUAUGUCCUGAAAAGCUUUUCUUAUUAGAAGGAACGGAAAAAGAUGUUUUCGUCGUCCUGAAACAUUUAUCCAGAGGAUGGACAAUGAUUGACCAGACUAACAGUAGACUAAAUCGCAUACAGUACCUCAGCAUCUGGCACGGCCUUUGUCCACAUGUCUGUGUAGGUUUUCGGCGGGAAAAUCCUUCCAUGUACGAAUUCAGUCUGUAUUUAGACGUACAGCAAGAUGGCCGAGAAAAUGAAAGUGAAAGAAUUAUAGCACAAAUUGUGCAACAGGAACCGGAAAAUACUGCAGGGGUUCCAAGAAUAACUCCAGUACCAACGAACAGGACGAUUCCCCAAUGUCUCAGAACGAGGCUUCAGGUACUACUGGAUGUUUCCUGUCCACUAGCCAGAAACUGGAAAGGCCUUGCAGAGAGGUUAGGCUAUGACGCUAUGAUACCCAUGAUCGAGAGCAGGACAAUUGGUUCCAGUCCUACGGAGAUGCUGUUGCAGGUGAUAGAGCAAAAAGCGCACACACUUCAGGAUCUCCAGAGAUUCCUUGGUGAGAUGGGACGGACAGAUGCCGUGAACGCUAUACAGGAAUAUUUUGAGCCCCCAGAGGAACACAACACAACGCCACUCAAACCAUGUCGAGAGGCGGUCGAAAAUGAAAACUCUGCAAUUGUAACAAGCGAUCACCGUCUAAAUGAUUUCUAA